AUGAUAUCGUUGAUACCAAUUUGCCUUGUGUUCCUGCUGACGUCCAGGCUCAAAUGUUUAUUUUGUGGCGGAGGAACCGGGGCAUGUCCUGGUAACAGGGGCGGCGCUGCAGACUGCUUCAUGUCAUUUUUGGCUAUUCUUAUCAUAUUCUUUAUAUUCAGAGCUACCGGUGUUCUCGAUAAGAUAUUCUACAGUCUAGGCUAUACAAAAGCAGCAGGUUCAGCUGGCGGCAAGGCAGUGUUGGUCGACGCUAGAUUUAUACCAACACCAGGACAAGUUACCGAAUGCUCGAGGAACGAUACUGAAGGGCCGGCAAAAGAGUUACGGGAGUUCAUUGAGAAGUAUGGUGGCCUCAAAAUCCCAGGACACUACCUUGCAUCUGCAACGCAGACAACACCAUGGACAGACACAGACACGGGGACAACAUAUACCGUAUUGGAAACUAGAAACAAUAACUAUACUACGUUACUUUAUUACUUGGCGUAA